AUGCGCGGGGCAGCCAUGGAGACGGACGGGGCCUACGAGCCGGGCUUCGUGGGGAUCCGGUUCUGUCAGGAGUGCAACAACAUGCUGUACCCCAAGGAGGACAAGGAGAACCGGAUCCUGCUCUACGCUUGCCGCAACUGUGACUACCAGCAAGAGGCUGACAACAGCUGCAUCUACGUGAACAAGAUCACCCAUGAAGUGGAUGAGCUCACCCAGAUCAUCGCGGACGUGUCGCAGGACCCCACAUUGCCCCGCACUGAGGAUCACCCCUGCCAGAAGUGCGGCCACAAAGAAGCUGUUUUCUUCCAGUCCCACAGCGCCAGAGCUGAGGAUGCCAUGAGGCUCUACUACGUCUGCACCGCGCCCCACUGCGGCCACCGCUGGACCGAGUGACCCCAAACCCCCCAGUGGGGGCUGUCACCCCAAAACCUCCUGUCCCAGUGCCC